UCUUUACAUCUAACUUCCAGACAUAACAUUCGUGCAUCGCACCCGUUACAGUUGACAGGUUGCUAUUGCCCCAGUUUAUCAAUUUCAUAUCGUUCCAAAUAUUUAAAAUAAUUGAAUCAAACAAAGCAAGAAAAAAAAAAAAAAUGACUUAAAUAUUCAUAACAGUUGAUCGGAUCUUAAUCCAGUUCAACAUAAUAAGCAAGUGAUGUGUAUGAAAAAAGUGUGAGAGAACCUAGAUUUUUUUGUUGUUUUCAUUUUAUAUUAUUGUGAUGAUAGUGUUGAUAAAUAGUGUGAUAGUUUAGUAAAUUAAAUUCAAUAUCAUUCCAGUGAUUAUUUCUUCAAGAAAGUGUUUAAAGUGUAUAUAUUGUAUAUAGAUUGCGAGAAAUUAAUUGAAAUAUAAAAGAAAAAAAAGGGGAAGGGUAGAAGUAAGGGUGGUUGAUUUUCAAUUAAAAAAAAUAAGGUUUUAUAAAAAUAAAAGAAUAUUGAUGAUUUGUUUGUUGGUUUGAUUUUUAUUCAAAUUGAGGAAUAAAUAGUACAAGUGUGGAGUGGUUGAUGCACCGUGGCAGCGGGGUCACGGGCGGCGGUGGUGGUGGUGCCGCAGCGGCCGCCGCCGCCGGACGUGGCCUCGAGCUAGAUCAUCCACCAGCAAUGACAACUGGACCUACAGGUUUUCACUGGGGUGCUAUGAUUGCUGGUCAUCAUGCUGCGGCUGCCGCUGCUGGUAUGAUGCAACCACCAUUGUCAUCUGGUAAUGAUUAUGGUCUAACAAGUGCUCAUCAUGGUGCUGCUCAUCCAACAAUGCCAAUGGAUCUUCAUGUACCACAAGGAUUUCCGUGUUACAGAUAUCGAGAAGAUGCCCUCUGCUGGACUGACAGGAAACCACCUAUGGACGACGUGGGCAAUCCAACAUCCGUCAACGCUCGAUUUGAAGACAGACACCAGGUUUUUGAAAGUUUACUUGAAAUGAGAAAAGAAAAAAGUCGUGAUGCAGCAAGAUCACGUCGUGGAAAGGAAAAUUUUGAAUUUUACGAAUUAGCUAAAAUGUUACCAUUACCAGCAGCAAUAACAUCUCAACUUGAUAAAGCGUCUAUCAUAAGACUGACAAUAUCAUAUUUAAAAUUACGUGAUUUUUCCGGGCAUGGUGAUCCACCGUGGAACCGUGAUAUAUCACCACCAAAUAAAAUUGCCAAAGGUAAACGUGGAAGAUUAUCAACGAGUCCAUUUGCUGAAGACAUGUUUGAGCAGCACCAGGGUACCCACAUUCUCCAGUCACUAGAUGGUUUUGCAAUGGCAGUAGCUGCUGAUGGACGUUUUCUCUACAUAUCAGAAACCGUAUCAAUAUACCUUGGUCUAUCGCAGGUUGAAAUGACUGGAUCAAGUGUAUUUGACUACGUUCAUCAGCAAGAUCAUGCGGAAGUUGCUGAACAACUUGGUCUUGGUUUAACAUCAUCAUCUAAUUCAUCUUCUGGUCCUCACUCAUCAAGUUCUGGUUUAGCAUCCCCCAGUAGUGCUGCAUCGGAAGAACAUGGUUCCUCUUCGACAGCAAAUCCAGAUGUUUCAUCAGUAAUGGCAUUGACGUCUACCGGAACUUACAAAGGAUAUGACCGAGCAUUUUGCGUAAGAAUGAAAUCAACAUUGACCAAACGAGGAUGUCAUUUUAAGUCUUCCGGCUACAGAGUUGUUUUGUUACUUUGUCGACUUAGACCACAAUAUCCAUUUAGCCAUGCUAGAAAAUUAUCACCACCAUUGAUGGGUAUGGUUGGACUUGCAAUUGCUUUACCACCACCAAGUGUACAUGAAAUACGUCUUGAGGCCGAUAUGUUUGUAACUAGAAUUAAUUUUGAUUUUCGGAUAGCACAUUGUGAACCAAAAGUAUCUGAAUUACUGGAUUAUACGGCUGAUGAAUUAACAGGUAAAAGUCUUUAUGGACUUUGUCAUGGUGAAGAUGCAAAUCGUCUUAGAAAAUCUCACGUUGAUCUUAUUCAUAAGGGACAGGUGCUCACACAUUACUAUAGAUUGAUGAAUAAAAGUGGAGGAUAUACAUGGCUACAAACAUGUGCAACUGUUGUUUGUAAUUCUAAAAAUGCUGAAGAACAAAAUAUUAUCUGUGUUAAUUAUGUUAUCAGUGGAAGAGAAUAUGAAAAUUUAAUAAUGGAUUGUUGUCAACUUGACGAUGAUGUAUCGGGAGUUAAACGUGAAGAUGCAACGGGAAAUGAUCCAGAGAAUGGAUCUCCAGAUGCUGACAGAGGAGAAGGUAAAAGCAGUGGUGGAUCAACGAGUCAGCACCCAGAAAAUCCUCAUCAAUCAGCUCCAGAUGAUCGUGAAGAAUCACGUAAUUCUGAAGGUGAAACACAUGGUGGUCAUCAUCAUGAUAAUGUUGCUCAAUUACAACAAGAGCCUCAACCAGCUGUAACAAAUAUACCAAGUUUAACUGUUAAAUCAUUAGCAAGACACAAAAGAAAGUUUUCACCAACUGAUGAUUCAUCAUCUGGUGAUGAUGACGAGGAUGAUGAUGAUGAUACAAUAAAAACAUCACGUAACCAUACGCAAAGUCCAGCAUCAUCAAAUCACUCCAUACAAAAUGAUAAUGUACAAGUAUUAGGAAUAUCAACAAGUCCAAAACGACCAAGAACUGAUAUAACACAUGAUGAUAUAUCUGGUAGUACAUCUGUCAAAGAUUUAGAGCAAGCAAUGUCAAAACAUUUACCAACCACAGAAUCACCAACACUUCACACCAAGAACUGAGUUAUACGUGCAAAUGUUCAUGGUAUAACGUCAAGUUCUAAUAAUAGAACAAACAGUAAUGGGUAUUAUUCAGAAACACCACAAGGACCAUUACCAACACCACCAGGCUCUGAAGAAUCAUCAACGUAUGGUGAACAUCAAUUUUUACUUGGACACAAUCAAAAAUUAUCAACUAAUGGACCAGAAGCAUUUACAAAUUUAGUUUCAUCAUAUACUUCAGCUAGUGGUUAUGCUAUUGAUUAUCAUUCAGCAAUGACACCACCAUCAUCAGUAUCACCAAGAGAUAAACAACAACAUCAACAACAGCAGCAACAACAACAACACCAACAACAACAUCAACAACAACAACAACAACAACAGCAUCAACAACAGUUACAACAACAACAACAUCAAAAUCACCAACAUCAACAACAGCAGCAGCAGCAUCAUCAUCAUCAUCAACAACAACAACAACAACAACAACAACAGCAGCAACAACAGCAGCAACAACAACAACAACAACAACAGCAGCAGCAGCAACAGCAACAACAAUUACACUCAUCAACUGUCGUUAGUCCUUAUGAAAAUUCAGUUUAUGGUGAUCCAGUAUUGAGACAUCAAUAUGAACCAGCUCAACCAUUACCACUUAAACCUCAAGUAUAUUCACCAAGCGUUCAUCCAAGUGCUCUUGAUGCUGCAGCUGUAUAUGCAUCAGCAAGUCUUGGUGAACAACCACAAUUUUUUCAUCAUCCAGCUGCUGGUCCUGGCUUUCACUUGUAUCAUCCAACCAAUAAAACAACAACAUCUGGAUGGUAUUCAUCAGCUUCCUAAUAGCAAUUAUAUUAUGAAAAUAUGCCGUGUACUUAAACAUGCAUUAAAAAAAUCCAAAGUCUGUUUAUCUUUGAUAUAAUUUGAUAAAAUAAAAACAAGAAAAUAUGAAGAAUAAUAAUUUUGAAGUGCAUAUCAACGACUGCUGUGACUGGUUUUUUUUUUUUUUAUUGUUUUUUUUUUUUACGUUAUGUUUUUAUCAACAGAAAAAUGUCUGAUUUAUGACUGAUAAAAGAGAAUUAAAUUGUGAAUUUUUAAAAAAUUGUUAAAAACUAGUUUUUAAAUAUUAAUUAUGUUUUUUGUUUAAUGUAUUUUUUAAAUUUUGGAAAUGGAAAAGAACUUUUUUUGUAAAAUCGUUUUUAUAUUUAAUUGUUGAUAUUCGUUUACUUGUUUGUUUGUAUCUGUAAAUGAUAAAGAUACAUUCUCUUUAUUUUAAGAACGAUUAAUUGAUUAAUACAUAAUUUGGUAGAUAAGAAAAAAUUUGGUUUUAGAUUAAAUUUUUUUUCCCUAAUUGAGAUCAGUCAGAAUAUUGUAAAUAUUGUAUCAUAAUUGUAUCAUUAUUCUUCUAAUAAUUAUUAUGCAAUCCUUCUCCUGAAGAUAUUUCGUAAAAUGGAAUUUACAAAAAAUUCCGCAUAAAUAAAAUGAUAAAUUAAUAAAAUAAUAGUAAUAGUGAUAAAAAUAUGAAAAACUAAAAUGCAUAUUGUCACCUUAAUUUCUACUCCAAGCAUAUGAAAAAAUUAUUUGAUGAGUAUAUAUCAUGAUAUAUGCUUGUGUACUUUAAUUACUAGGUAGUCGAUUUUAAAUUAAUUUUGUUACAAUAAGAAUAUUAAUUAUUACAAAAACUAGAACAAAUGUUCAUUAAAAAUAACUUUUUUGUUGUUUUUCCAAUGGUAUAUUUGAAUGACGAAAUAAAUCAUUAAAAAAAAAAAACAAGUCUAAAAAAUUUUAAUUGUGAAACAAAAAUAAACAAAAAAAUAAUUAGAAAUGCAAUGAAAAAUGGGUGCGAGGCUUGCGAUUAAUAUUGUACUGUGUAAAUAUAAAUAAACUAAUUUUA